GUGAUUUUGAACGUCGUUGACAUCCUCACCGGAUGUCGGUCCUCACGCCCAUGAUCUAUUCCCUAUCAGUCCUCUUCUUUUGGCGUAUAUUGCUCAACCUCAGAGAAGCGGCACACACCUCCGGAGCUUCGGAUACGUCCUCAGGGUUCUUGGACGCGCCUUCACCCAACACGACCUUGCCUUUGGUUAGCGCGAACAACGCGGCAGACGACACUAUGCAAAUGAUGAGACUCGACAUUCGACUAGCCCACAACCUUACUGAUGACGACAGAGAGGAGCUGGGAUUGUCUAGUCGCGGUUGCGAGACCAACCGGGGUGUUGUUUGAAGUCGACAUCGGUGCGGGUGUCAGGGUGUAUCUUCUCGUAUCACUAACACUCCUACUACUUAUGCUGCUACGUGACACUUCGAGCCAAUACUCUGUACAUACUAUUGCUUACACUGUUGUCGGUUCUGUUGCAC